GGUCGCGCCGGAGGACGGGCUUCGGGCGGCGGCCGGGGCGGCCUGCGGACGGACGGGUGGGCCGAGGUGCAGGCCCCGCGCCCGCCGUCUCCCCCUCCUGCCGGCGCCGGGCCCGCGCCAUGGCCGCCUCGCCGGGCUCCGGCAGCGCCAACCCGCGGAAGUUCAGUGAGAAGAUAGCGCUGCACACGCAGCGGCAGGCCGAGGAGACGCGGGCCUUCGAGCAGCUUAUGACCGACCUCACCCUGUCGCGGGUUCAAUUUCAGAAGCUUCAGCAACUGCGCCUUACACAGUACCACGGAGGGUCCUUACCCAAUGUGAGCCAGCUGCGGAGCAGUGCCUCGGAGUUUCAGCCGUCGUUCCACCCAGCGGACAGCGUGCGAGGAACCCGCCACCACGGGCUGGUGGAGAGGCCGUCCCGGACGCGCUUCCACCCCCUCCACCGACGGUCUGGGGACAAGCCAGGACGACAGUUUGAUGGUGGUACUUUUGGAGCUAAUUACGCCUCACAGCCUCUGGAUGAGAGUUGGCCCAGGCAGCAGCCUGCUUGGAAGGAAGAGAAGCACCCUGGGUUCAGGCUAACAUCUGCACUUAACAGGACCAAUUCUGAUUCUGCUCUUCACACAAGUGCUCUGAGCACCAAGCCCCAAGACCCCUAUGGAGGAGGGGGCCCAUCGGCCUGGCCUGCCUCAUACAUGGGUUUCUGUGAUGGUGAGAACGAUGUACAUGGGGAAGCCGUGCCUUUCCCUGGCCCACUGAAAGAAGAGAAUCUGGUAAACGUUCCCAAGCCGCUGCCAAAACAGCUGUGGGAGACCAAGGAGAUCCAGUCCCUGUCAGGGCGCCCUCGGUCCUGUGACGUCGGAGGAGGCAGUGCUUUUCCACACAAUGGUCAAAACAUAGGCCUCUCACCCUUUCUGGGAACCCUGAACACUGGGGGGUCAUUGCCAGAUCUCACCAACCUCCACUACUCAGCGCCCCUGCCAGCCUCCCUGGACAGCAGCGACCACCUCUUCGGUAGCAUGAGUGUGGGGAACAGCAUGGGCAACCUCCCUGCUGCCAUGACUCACCUGGGCAUAAGAAGCUCUUCUGGUCUCCAGAGUUCUCGGAGCAACCCCUCCAUCCAGGCCACGCUCAAUAAGACAGCACUCUCCUCCUCCGUAAACAGCCACCCCCAGGCAUCUGCCCCCAGCGCCUCUGCUCUUCACCCUUCGCUCCGUCUCUUCUCCCUCAGCAACCCAUCCCUUUCCACCACAAACCUGAGCGGCCCCUCUCGGCGUAGGCAGCCCCCCGUCAGCCCUCUCACGCUUUCUCCUGGCCCUGAAGCACAUCAAGGUUUCAGCAGACAGCUCUCUUCAACCAGCCCUCUGAACCCGUAUCCUGCCUCGCAGAUGGUGUCCUCAGAUCGAAGCCCGCUCUCCUUCCUGCCCGCAGAAGCUCAAGCCCAGGUGUCCCCUCCGCCCCCGUACCCCACGCCCCAGGACCUCCCCCAGCCUCUGCUGCAGCAGCCCUGCACCCAGGAGCCCCCUGCUCAGCAGCCCCAUGCAGCUUCAUCGCUGCCACAGUCAGACUUCCAGCUCCUCACAGCCCAGGGCUCAUCUUUGACCAGCUUCUUCCCAGAUGUGAGCUUUGACCAGCAGUCCAUGAGGCCAGGCCCAGCCUUUCCUCAGCAGGUGCCCCUGGUGCAGCAGGGCCCCCGAGAACCACAGGACUCCUUUCAUUUGAGACCAAACCUGUAUUCCAAUUGCGGGAAUUUCCCGAGCGCCAUCCUGACAGCUCAACUUGACCUUUGUGAGAUGCGGGUGUCCAGCCCCAGAGGCUGUGAGGCCGCAGGGAAAGGGCCAGAAGACUCGAGCACCAGCCUAUUCAAAGACCUCAGCAGUGCUCUGGCCGGCAUGCCUGAGGUCAGCCUGAACGUGGACACUCCGUUUCCAUUGGAAGAAGAGCUCCAAAUUGAACCCCUGAGCCUGGACGGACUCAACAUGUUAAGUGAUUCCAGCAUGGGCCUGCUCGACCCCUCUGUUGAAGAGACCUUCCGAGCUGACCGACUGUGAACAGAAUGGAACGGAACAGGAGAACUUAUUUCUGAAAUAGCUAAAAUAGAAUGGAACAGAGUGGAGCCAGCUACACCCCUGGGCUUUAGUUAUCUCUGGCUUCUGACAUGGAAGGAACCAAUUCCUUGGCUCCCAGCUUUCAGACAAGGUCCCAUCUCACACACAGUGGCUUAUUCGAGACCACAGAGCUGGGCACCGCCCCUCAGGCCUGCGGCGCAGGUCCCGUUGCUGCAGGCAAGCUGCUUUGGGGCCUCCGAUGAAUCAGCCAUCACCACCACCAUGACAUCUUUUCAUCGGCCAUCUAGUCGGUCGAUGUGUAAAGUAGAAAAUAUGUAACAGGAGGCCCCAGUGGAAUCGUGUCAUGCUCAGAACCACUGAUCUCAGUCAACACUGAAGGAAGGACCCGGAGUUGGGGACAGUUAGGCCUUUGGGAGUCAGUUCAGCUUCCAGAAACGGUACCACAGCCCCAGGACGCCUUCUCUGAUCCAGCCGCUGUGCCUCGCAGCACCAGGAUGUAGCAGGGCGGAGCAGAGGGCCAGGGCUCUCUCGGGGCCUCAGUUCUCACAUGAAGAAUUUUUACCACAUGUCCAAGAACAGACUUGCGUGAAGCAAACUGAAUGCUAAUUUGUUUCCUCCCAGUUUGUAAUCUCUUUUCUGCUGCUUCAGUACACCUUUUCCUAUGGACAAGAGGAAAGGGAAGACUAUUUUAUUCAGUCACUGAAAUAAGAAAUCCCCGGUAACGGAUGAGCCUGAAGAGAACAGUGCUCCUUCUUGGUGGCUGGGGAAGAAAGAAGGGGGCUGUAGGUAUCUCACAGACACGUGACAUCCUCCAGACAAGCGCCAGACAAUACAGGCCUCCCUCCCUCUGGACCAGCUGGAGGGAAUGGCUGAGGUCUGACUCCGGCCCACCCGGCAGCCGAGCAGCAGCAGAGGGAGGCGGAUUCUCUGUGGAACAGGAGUGUUAAUGUAACCCUGCUAGACCGUAAGCUCCUUGAGGGCAGGGACUGUGCCUCAGUCAUCGUUGAACUCCUAGUACCUAACAAGUGCCUGGCACGGAGCAGGUGCUGCAGAAGUGUGCAUCGGAUGCACACACGCGUGAGUGAGUGAGUGCGUGCGUGAACGAAUGAAUCUGCCUUGCUGUGGGGCAGUCUGAUCUCCAGCUAUCCCUGUUCCUCACCAGAUCUUCUCAGAGUUUCAGCUUUUCUAACACUUGUGCCUGUGGUUCAGUUAAGCGUGCACUUUAAUAUGCUUUUAACACUAGAUGACCAAAUCCACGAGUAGACUGCGCCCUGUUCUUCUCGAGGGUGUGCAGGGAGGUGACAUCUGUCUUUGCAAUGCGUCCAGAAUGGCUGAGCCAACUGAGGCCUCCUACAUGCCGGGACCUCAGAGGUCCUGGCCCCCGCAAAAAUCUUCCCUCUCAGACCCAGGUUUUACUCUUAAUUGCUUUUUUUUAAUUUUUUUUUUUUGAGGGGAGGAGGGAAUUAGGUUUAUCUGUUUUAAGAGGAGGUACUGGGGAGUGAACAGGACCCUGUGCAUGCUAAGCAUGUACUCUACCACUUGAGCUAUACCCUCCCCCUGCUCUCAAUUGCUUUAAAAAGAGAUUCAUUCUCUGAGGUUGAAGACAUAGUGUAUAAUAAAAUGAAGGCCUAAUUUAUGAAGCCAUCAUUAAGCAUCAGUAUCUUCGCAUAAUAGUAUCACUAUAUUUCCACCACCGCCUGCCUCCUCUGACUUAGUCUAGGCCAUCCCUGACCAGAGACCUGACUGGUGGGCUUGAGGCCCCUCUGGAGGGGUCUGGCCAGUGGGGCCGAAUACACGCUUGGGAAGACAGGACAGGAGGACAGGAACACUGAAGGAGAGAGAGAUGCCAGAACCUUUGCCCAGACAAAGUGGCUACUGCCCUUCCUGGAGACACCAGGAGUGUCACUAAAGGCCUCUUGGCCACUCCCACCCAAAGAAGCCAGGCUGCACUGUGUGGGUCUGAAUCUGACACAUGUGCCUGGUGGCAGGAGGAGCCUGUCAUAGGAUCCUGGCUGUUAACCUCUCCAGACCUUGUCCUAUUUCCUUCUGUCCUCAGGGGGAUUCCUCCUUCCCAUCUUUCAAAUAACCCCAAUGGUGCAUAUCUUUACUGAGAAACCCAAGUCUUCCCAAUUCUCAUUUGCCCUGAACCCCCACUGUUGAGUUAGGAAGUCAAGCCGGAGCCCUCCUUGCCUGAGCUCAGGCUCAGGAAGGGGCAAUUGGCCUCCCCUUAGAAGCCUUAGUCCCAGUUAAACUUCCAGCUCCCUUUAUAUUUGAGAUCUCAGAGGGCAGUAACUUUUUGUUGAAGUAAAAGGGCCUUUCGUCGUACACAGCACCCUGGUGUGCUGAAAGAAGCCAGAUCCUUGCUGCCUCUCCUGAGUCAAGGGCCCCCAAAAUCUGAUCUGGCCAUUCAGAUAGGGAGGAGUGCUGAUGUUGUCAGUUGGUUUUGUUUUGUUUUUUUUUUUGAAAAAUGGAGGUCCCAGCAUAAUCUGCUCUUUACACAGUGCCUUACCCAUGGAGAUCAUUGCUGUCGGGGUCCCAGCUCUUUCUGUCUGCACAGCAGCCCUGCCUUACAGCUGGAGACCCUGAGACCUACAGGACAACGUGUACUCCCGCCUGCAUUUGCCAGGUGACUCGUGGAAAUGGAGGCUCCCAGGAAAAGUGGCUUGCUUGGGGGAGUAUAAUGAUGACAGUAAGGUUUAGCACUGAAUUAAAUUUGUCCUUAGGUCCAUCAGUCCGAUCUUUUCCUGUGAAAAGGUUUUGGGCAUUAUACAACCCACUUUGAUUACAGGGUGUCAAGGACACCCGCAGACAGGUGUCUGCCUGACCUUCGGUGGGUACAUCUGCCCUCACUGCUGCCUUUGUAACAAACCAGGCGUGGUCCUCGGCAUCUGAAGUGGCUGCAGACUUCAGAGUAAACUAUUUUUCAAUAUUUAGUUUUUCACAAGAAAUCGAUGGUUGUACUACUCUCAUUUACCAGCAGUUAAACAGCAUAGAACUAAAACCUUUUUUUCUAUUUUGUUCCUUCUGUAUGGUUGUGGGUUUUAGGACAUAAGCUUUUCUUGUUUAUGUCAAGAUCAACAUGAAUUCUCCUUUGUCCUGUUUCAUUUCUCCUAAGUCUACUGUAUAUUACCUGAGCUGAAAUGUUGUGUAUUCCAGUCCAUUUGCAUAUCUGAAGACAUUUCCAGUUCCGACUCUCAUCGGCUCUUCUGAUCCAUGCACAGAUGGUUCCAAGCGUGUUUCUUCCACUGCUUCAUGAUGGAACCAUCACGGUAACUAAUCAGACUUCCCGCCAGUGUCCUAGUUCCCAAGUCCUUCAUUAAACAAUAUUUAAAGAUUGGAAUUUGUAUAAAGUAGCUUCCAAGUUUUAUAAUGCAUCAUUUUACAUCUUUCCUAAUUAAAGGCAGCACAAUAAGGUUGUAA